CAUUACAGUUAUGAAGUAACAACGAAAAUAAUUUUAUGGUUGGGUCACAACAUGAGGAACUGUAUUUAAAGGGCCAGAAAGUUGAGAACCACUGAUAGAUCUUAGGAUUGGCAAGACUACGUACCUACGUAAAAGAUAGCUGUGGUGCCGAGGGAGGCGGGAAAUAACUCCCAGGUUUUGACUGGAGUGGACCAAAGAGCAACAAGGCCGCAGAGAAAGGUGACAGCCCAGUUUGGAAGGGGUUGAGUUUGGGGAGCCUGGGAGCCACUCAAGGAUGCAGUCCAUCCCCGGCAGGAACUGAGACGGGAGGCGGGUUCCGGGCCCCGCCCUCGGGCCUGAGAGAUGCGAGGAGAAGGCACGCACGGAGCAGCAGGACGUGGGUUCCCCUGCCUCUCGGGUUUCUUCCGCAGCAGCGGCAGGAAGGGCGUGGGGGACUGCGAGACAAAGACCCCGCAGGCCCCGCCUCUGUCCAGGCGGCCCCUUUAAGAAGCGCGCCCCCAGCCUCUAGCCCGGCCUCGUAUGCAAAUAUAGCGGCGAGGCGGGAGCGCGCGGCCGAUCCCCGGGACCGGGCUGCGGCGGUUAGUCCUCUCCCGGCCGCCGUCGCCUCCGACAUAUUGCCCGCAGGAGCUGCGGCGGCGAAGCAGAGCGCGCCGGGGGGAGGAGAUGGGAGGACGAAGAGGUCCCAACAGGACAUCCUACUGUCGUAAUCCGCUGUGUGAGCCAGGGUCCUCCGGGGGCUCUGGUGGGGGCCACACUUCCAGUGCAUCAGUCACCAGUGUCCGUUCCCGCACCAGGAGCAGUUCUGGGACGGGCCUCUCCAGCCCCCCACUGGCCACCCAGACAGUCGUUCCCCUACAACACUGCAAGAUCCCGGAGCUGCCAGUUCAAGCCAGCAUUCUGUUUGAGCUGCAGCUCUUCUUCUGCCAGCUCAUAGCCCUCUUCGUUCACUACAUCAAUAUCUACAAGACAGUGUGGUGGUACCCGCCUUCCCACCCGCCUUCCCACACCUCCCUGAAUUUCCACCUGAUCGACUUCAACUUGCUGAUGGUGACCACCAUCGUGCUGGGCCGCCGCUUCAUUGGGUCCAUCGUGAAGGAGGCUUCUCAGAGGGGGAAGGUCUCCCUCUUUCGCUCCAUCCUGCUGUUCCUCACCCGCUUCACCGUUCUCACGGCAACAGGCUGGAGUCUGUGCCGCUCCCUCAUCCACCUCUUCAGGACCUACUCCUUCCUGAACCUCCUGUUCCUCUGCUAUCCGUUUGGGAUGUACAUUCCGUUCUUGCAGCUGAACUGUGACAUCCGCAAGACAAAUCUCUUCAGCCACAUGGCUUCCAUGGGUCCCCGGGAGGCUGUCAGUGGCCUGGCACGGAGCCGGGACUACCUGCUGACUCUGCGGGAGACGUGGAAGCAGCACACGCGGCAGCUGUACGGCCCAGACUCCAUGCCCACCCAUGCCUGCUGCCUGUCGCCCAGCCUCAUCCGCAGCGAGGUGGAGUUCCUCAAGAUGGACUUCAACUGGCGCAUGAAGGAAGUGCUGGUCAGCUCCAUGCUGAGCGCCUAUUACGUGGCCUUCGUGCCUGUCUGGUUCGUGAAGAACACUCAUUACUACGACAAGCGCUGGUCCUGCGAGCUCUUCCUCCUGGUGUCCAUCAGCACCUCAGUGAUCCUCAUGCAGCACCUGCUGCCUGCCAGCUACUGCGACCUACUGCACAAGGCCGCUGCCCACCUUGGCUGCUGGCAAAAAGUGGACCCAGCGCUGUGCUCCAACGUGCUGCAGCACCCGUGGACUGAAGAAUGCAUGUGGCCGCAGGGCGUGCUGGUGAAGCACAGCAAGAACGUCUACAAAGCAGUGGGUCACUACAAUGUGGCCAUCCCCUCUGAUGUCUCCCACUUCCGGUUCCACUUCUUUUUCAGCAAACCUCUGCGGAUCCUCAACAUCCUCCUGCUGCUGGAGGGUGCUGUCAUUGUCUACCAGCUGUACUCCUUAAUGUCUUCUGAAAAGUGGCACCAGACCAUCUCACUGGCGCUCAUCCUCUUCAGCAACUACUACGCCUUCUUCAAGCUGCUGCGGGACCGCCUGGUACUGGGCAAGGCCUACUCAUACUCGGCCAACCCCCAGAGGGACCUGGACCACCGGUUCUCCUGAGCCCAGGGCAACCCCAGGGACCGCAUCCAGGCUUCAGCCAGCGGAUCCCUGGGAAGGGGCUGUGGGGGGGGGGGAGGGGGGUAAAAAACCCCAAAAACUGACAAAAAAAAUCCACCAGAGCUUUGUAUUUUUGUUACAUACUGUUUUUUUCUUUGAUAAUUGAUAUGAUUAUGAGGAAAAAAAGUCCUAUUUUUAUACUCCUAA